AUGCCUCCUCUGCCGCUACCCCUGCUGCUCGCCGCGCUCGCCCUGGCCGCAUGGAUCUGGGGGCUUCUGAGGCGCCCUCCGGGCUUCCCGCCAGGUCCGACGUGGUUUCCACUGGUGGGCAACCACCAGGGCGUCCGCCAGCUGAACAAGAAACUUGGCUCGCAGCACCAGGCGUUCACAUACCUCGCCCAGAAGUACAAAUCGCCCGUGGUGGGCCUUCGUCUAGGCGGCAACCUGACCGUCAUCGUUUCCACCAGGAGCCUCAUAUGCGAGGUGCUCACGCGACCAGAAUUUGAAGGACGGCCCCAGAACUUCUUCGCAUAUCUGCGCAACCUGGGGCUCAGAAAAGGUGUAUCAGUGGUGGACGGCAAGCUGUGGCAGGAGCAACGCGCCUUCGUGAUGCGUCAGCUGCGCUCACUUGGCUUCAGUGGGGCUGCCAUGCAGGCUCAGGUGGGGAAGGAGGUGCGCGCCCUGCUGGGCGUACUGAGCAACAGCUGUGGAAGGCCGACACAGCUCAAGAAGGUGUUGGCGCCCUCCGUGCUCAACGUCAUACUCCAAUUCUGUGCUGGAUACCGGUUCUCCCACGGUGACCAGCACCUGCAGACGCUACUUGACCUCUUUCACACGCGUUCGCGCGCCUUCGACAUGGCUGGAGGUAAACUCAGUGCCAUGCCAUGGUUGCGCUUCAUCCAGCCCGAGGCAUCGGGUUACAAUGCAAUCACAAAGUUCAAUGAGAUGGUGCGCACCUAUUUUUUAAAAAUUAUUGACAACCAUAAGGCAACAUAUACGCCAGGGAAGAAGAGAGAUCUCAUAGACGCAUUUUUGUACGAAAUGGGAAAAGCAAAAAAGGAACAAAAUGACUACACAACAUUUACAGAGAGCCAGCUUCUCAUGCUGUGCUACGAUAUGUUUACUGCUGGUGCGGAAACGACAAGUAACUCUCUUAGAUUUGCAUUCCUUAUGAUGUUACGACAUCCUGAUGUCCAGGAACUAGUGCACAAAGAGAUAAAAGAAGCAGUUGGUGCUGACAGACUCCCAACUCUCGAGGACAAAGACAGGUCGUCGUCGGUGUUUGGGACAGGAUAUGGCAAAAUGUUGUUUAUUUCAGAUAUUUACCGGAAUCUUGCAAAAAUUUCAACUUCUUCCAGCUGA